CCUAAGAAGUUUCAAAUAGUAGAUGACCUUUAUAAAGUCAUGUAAUGGAUUUUGUAGAACCUAAAAGCUUCAAACUUCCUAAUUACAACUUUCUUUUUUCCUAACUAUCAUCCUUAUUCAUUUCUAAUUUCAAACUUCCUAAUUAUGACUUUCUUUUUUCCUAACAAUUAUCCUUAUCCAUUUCUGGUUAGAACUUUAGAAGUAAAGUUUAGUGUUGGUCUGACAUUUAUUUCAUUUGGUUCUUAAGCAUCAUCGUGGGUCCAUCAUGCCUUUAUUAUUUUUUUAAAUUCUUAUUUAUUUAUUUAUUGUUUAGAUGAAGGGUUUUAAGUUUACUAAAUGAUCUUUCACUUUAAUUACGGAAGGUAUCAAAGGCAAAAUAUUUUUAAUAUUAUUUUUUCUUUUUUCUUUUUUGAGAUUUCUCUAUAUAUAUAGUGGAGUGGUGAAGUGGAUGAGGUGCAAAGAUAGGAGAGUUAAAACAUUGAUGAUCUGAUAUUCUACUUUUUAAUUAAGUGUCCUGCUAAAAUGGCAAGCAACAAAUACGAUGAUGAAGAAGCCAUUGUUGAGAAUGGUUCAGCAAUAGCUUCAGCACCAGAAGCGGGAAGAGUACCGGUGAAAUUCGAGAAUGAGCCGGAGUUGCCAAAGGAAAAUGCGAAGUAUGAACUGUUGUUGGAGUUAACAGGAAGAGGAUCCGCUAAUGCCAGACUAGCAGCUGAUAUAGUUAUGGUGUUAGAUGUGAGCUACAGCAUGAAAGGAGACAAGUUGAAGGAGAUGAAGCGCGCGAUGCAGUUUGUGAUCAGCAAGCUAAGCCCAUCUGAUCGUUUGUCGGUCUGCACAUUCGCAAAAGAUUCAAUCAAACUGUGUGGAUUGCGGGUCAUGAGUCCCGUUGCUAAAGAGAAGGUCGAUUACAUGGUCCAAAAUUUACAAGUCGAUUACUAUACUAAUAUAAGUGCUGGCCUUCAAAUGGCCUUAAAGGUACUUGAUGAUCGGAAGUAUACUACUGGCCGAGCCGGCGCUAUCAUGCUUAUGUCUGAUGGUGAGCAAAAUGUGGAUGAUGCAACCAAGAUUUUGGUUGAUCGUUAUCCCAUCUACACUUUCGGUUUUGGGGAUGAGAAAGAAAUUGACACUAAGGUCCUUGGACACAUUGCUAGCAAAAGCAAAGGAGGAACAUUCUCUGUAGCUAAACUUGGAGAUCUGAGUAAGUUGUUCGCCCCGUGUUUGGCUGGGCUUCUUAGCGUACUUGUAAAAGACGUGAAUCUUGUUAUCAAACCACUGCUAGGGACGGUGAGCAGAAGAGAGAAGGUUAAAACCAUCAUCGAAAAGGUUUCUGCAGGAGACUAUGAACAAAUUGUCGAUAAAGAAACUGGCGUCGUAACUGUUUCAUUUGGUGAUCUCUACCAAAAAGAGAUACGCAUGGUUUUGGUCUUCCUUUCUCUCCCUGAAAUACGUAAUGAUCCAAACAAGGCUCAAGUCGAACUCGAUUCCCUUCUCUCUUGCACCUACAGGGCUGAAUCGGGAAAUUCGACACAAACCAAUCCAGUUAAGUUCCGAGUUAAACGAUGUAUUGCACCAAAAAUGAAACAAACAGACGCAACUAAAGCUGAGAUAAAACGGGUGGAAAUUGUGGAAUUGAUGAAAGAGGCAAGAACCCUGGCCGAAGCAAAAAAUAUGGAUGCAGCUCUAGAUAAGGUUGUAGAAGGCCAAAAUUCCCUCGGCCAUGUUGUCGUCGAAGCUCUUAAUGAAGAGUCCAAAAUGGUUAUUGAGACCCUGAAAUAUGAGGUGGAUGAGAUGGUGAAGUUUAUGCAAACUAAUGAAACCUACGAAAACAAAGGCCGUUGUUUUACCUACUCUUCUGAGAUUUCCCAUGACCGCCAGCGUUUUGCCUCUAGAGGCGACGUCGAAAAGAUACGAAGCUAUGCCACUCCGCGCAUGGAAACAUGUUUCGAGCAAGCAAAGGAAUUCGAGAAGGAUCCUAGCAAGCCUGUUCCCACGGUUGUGGAAGACGAGAGGACAGAAAUUGCGGCCGAUCCUCUUGCAACCGUCGCACCAUCUCUUGACUACUACCUUCAAAUUGCAAUUGAUGCUCUCAAAAACCUUCAGAAAGUUAUCAACUACAAGGCCUGAAGUUGCUCUACGCAUGACCUUGCCUAUAACAUAUCGAUUGACUACGACGAUAUAUUGUGUGCUUGUUAUGUUAUGAAUUUGUGUGUUCUAUUGCUAGCUCCUACGAUCACUCGUGGACUAGCAAUGUUAUGCCACCCUUUUACUGUAUAAUAUUACAAUAAAGUUUUUCCGAGUAUAUAUAGCUCGGCACUUAAUCUAACUUUCUAAGGCUUGACUCUAGAUCAAUCCCUUUUGUAGAAAUUAAAUAAGGGUGUGAAUGAAAUCGUGUCGUUUGAUGUGUAUA